AUGGCGGACGAGAGGUGGGCCUUGCUGGACAAGCUGAAAAUGGCCGUCAAGAAAAUCAAGAUUCUAAUAAACUUCAACCUAAAUAAAUGGAAACUCGCGUCCAUUGUGGGGGCAUCCUCUGGCAAGAAGAGGCUUAGCUUCAAUGAUCGUCCCGGAUUGAGGGCCUGCGUGGAUGAUCAGGGCCCGAAUAGUGACUCGGGCUCGUCCAGCUGCCGGAGCCUGCAGAGGACCAUUAGCUACCCGUCAUCGGAAGAUGAUAUUGAUAGGAGGGCCGAAGCUUUUAUUGCAAACUUUUACAAGCAGCUUCAGUAUGAGAGGCAAAUAUCAUUGGAGCUGAGGUACUACAGGGGAGAUAGUUUCGGUUCUUCAACUUCUCAAUGA